UUUACGCAUGGAGAGCGCAGGGAGAGUCUGGGAGCACGCAUGGGGGUCCCUCCCUUCCAGGCUGCCCGUGGCCUCCUCACCCCGGCGGGCACCUCCAAGACUCUGCCAAGCCCCCUUGAUCCCCUAUUUCCCCCUCUCUACCUUUCCUCUGAAGAAACUACCCGGCGUUACGUCAGAAAGUGCAGGACAAGCAAGACAGCGUCUUAGGAGCUAUUCGCAGGCAUUGCUGCCAAACCCUACUUGAGGCUGCCUAAGAGCUCACUGCACCCAAUGCUAUUUACAAAUCCAAUCCUUUUAAAACAUCAGCGGUAUGUGGUCUCUGUUGCCGGCACAAUUGCGCAAAAACCCAAAACAGCAGUGUAAACCGUGUAAUGAUAAAGAGUAGAAUGGUUCACACUGUAGCUUCACUGAAAACACCAUGACAUGAUGAAGCAACAGAUGAUUUUGACGCUCAGAGAUUUCUGCAGCAUUUUUACUCUUUGACUCUUUGCUGAUCUCAAAAACAACAUGCCCCACGCUCGAAAUAGGAACCCUAGCCCCAUCCCAGAGGUAACAUGGGAUACGGGAUUGAAGGAGAUGAACGAGACCUGGAAAGGAGCGAUAGCCUGUCUCGGGGUUGCCGUCUUCUUCGUGAUGACCAUCGGGAUCAUAUACUGGCAAGUGGUGGACCAGCCCAACAAAAACUGGAUCCUUAGGGGAACUUUCAGCGGACUGAUUUGGGAGAGAAAAACCCACUCGCUGCUCAUACAGACCCUGACUGAGGAUAAGACCUACGUGGAAAUUGACGUCGGGAACGUAGGGAACACCGAUAUAGAGAUUCCCUUCGUGAGGAACCUGUGCUGGCUCAAUAAAACUGAGUUCUGCUAUACCUGGGACUCGGUGGCCGAGGUGAAGAUCUCGCUCGAAGCGAAUGAGGAUACGGAGACGGAGUGUUACAGCAUGACUUGGGCACCGGUACACUGUCAUGUGGAGCUGAAGGUAGUGUUUCUCUUUAUGUGCACACGAAAUACACAAAUCACAGCAAAAUGUGGAGUGCAAACCCAGUUUUGCACUUUAUUCAGGCUAGGAACAUUAAUGUCCCCCUUUGUAGUUUGUAGUUUGUGGAAUGACAUUGCCCUGCUUUCAAGGUUUCAAUUGCUUUAUGAUGACCGACGCCCAUUCUUGUGUGCUUCCUACCAUGCAGGUGUCGCAGUGCUUGUAUCUCCUGACAUCCCCCUGCAGCUCGGGCUGGACAGCAGACAGCAGUUCUGCCUACAGUCACUUCCAAGUAUGGAGCGACUCCCUCUGCAGUACACUGUGUGUGUGGCCCACAAUGUAAAAGCUGCUCACCAGGAAGCAGUGCAACAGCUCUGGGAGCACAGCAGGGAGCUGCCCAACAUGAAAGCACUGCGGCUGCCAUUCUGGAAGCUGCUCGCCAACAUGGACUCGGGGCCGAAGGUGGAGCGGGAGAUGAGGACUUUCUCGAAUCGUCUGAAGAGACACCAGCUGGGGGAGGGAGUCAUCAGCCUCAAUGAACAUUCCACCACCCUCCUUUCUGAUAUGGACCAUGACUACCUCAACAGCAGGAAAAGGGGGAUGUCCAAGAGACUGACCAGGGACCUCCCACUUGUCAAGCUUCUUAACAUUUCCAUCACCAUGUCCCCUUUCCUGGGGGUGGACACCACACGGUUCCACACCUCCCUUAUUGAUGGCACUGAGGCCUACUGGCUCAGUCUCCCUUCAGCCCCUCAGGGACAGCUGAUCCCUGUGAUGAGUCAGUGGCGAGGAAAGUUCUGUGUAAAGCUGAACAUCACAAAUCCAGGAGCAGUGAGCUGGUUCCUGGACAGGGUAGGAGCCCUUCAAGCCCAUUUAGGGAUGGAGUACGUCAUGCUGGAAGGGGGCGAGGGGAAUCUGUUUGAGGAGCAGGCACUGCGGCCACCGCAGGCUCUGGGUGGAGACAAGUACAUCAGCCUGCUGGCUGACCUGGCCACCAGGAUAGGAGAUUCCACCAUUAUGACUGCAGGGACACGGUCCAGUUACAAGCCACUCUUUGUGAGGAUGACCCCCCUGCAGUCUGAUUGGAGCCCGAUGGGUCUUAAGGCCAUCAUUCCCAACCUGUUGCACCACACUUUGCUGGGAUACAACUUCCUCAUUCCUGAUGCAGUAGGUGGCUCUCUGUCUGGAGACCUGGUCACAGAUGAGGAGUUGUUCAUCCGCUGGCUGGAGAUUGCAGCCUUUCUUCCUGUUAUGAGCUUUCACACACCCCCCUGGAUCUUCGGGGAGGGCCAGGUGCUAAACCUAACUCGGAACUACCUAACAAGGCACCAGAGGGAUGUGGCGCCGCUGAUUGAAAAGUAUGCAGAGGAGUGGCAGGAGACAGGAAACCCCAUCUAUCGCCCAAUGUGGUGGCUCAAUCCAACUGACUCCAUGACCUUUACCAUCAAUGACCAGUUCCUCAUUGGAGAUGAGGUGUUAGUGGCACCCGUGGUGGAGAAGGGGGCAGUGCAGAGGGAUAUAUAUUUACCUGACGGGGGCUUUCAAUGGCAGGACAGUCAGAACGCACGGGUGUUCGACGGGGGGACGUUCCUGCACGACUACCCUGUCCCCCUGACGGAGGUGGCUGUUUUCUUACGGAGGAGCUGACUCGGAUGACUGUCCCACAGAGUCACGUGAUUUAUCCUGUUACUGUUUUGAAUCAAAUUCUUUUUUUUAGGUACUUGUGCUGUUCUUAACUUGCACUUUUCUACUAAAGACCAUUGACCCUGCCUCAAGUGCUGCCUUGAGACGAUUUGUAGAAAUAUAGAUAUGUAUAUACAUUUUUUUUUUUUUAUACUUGCACUUUAUGGUUCAAAUUUUUUUUUCCUUUAUGUUAUUUGUCUUCUUUUCAUUUGUUUUUUUUUAUGCUGAAUGGUUUUACCUCUUAGUGAUUUGUUUCUGGACUUUUUCAUCCACUCUGCUGCUUUUUUUGUUUGUUUGUUUGUUUGUUUUCUUUUUUUUAAUGGUUCCGGAGAAGUAUGUGUGUUUACAUACUGCAUUUCUACAGUCUUUAAAUUUGUAGCUGCUGUUGGCUCUCUUCAUAAGGAGGAACAAAGCGAGCUCCUUGUUUGCUUAAAAGUAUCUGAAUUUCUCAAGAAGACCAAAUGAAGAUGCAGAAAGACAAGGAAGGCGGUUUAAAAGGGCCUUUUGAGAGAAACACUUACUGGCGGGGAAAUUAACACAGGAAGCUACAUACAAGCACCAUGGUACCAUAUGUCUUGCUCACUCUAUGGAAAGGCUCUUACUUGAACUCAUCAGGCCAAAGGGCCGAUGUUUUAUGAAAGAUGAAUGUACCUCAAGUAACGGAUAUGAAUUGCUUUACAAAGUCAUUAGACACAACAGCCUAUCACCCCAUAGUUCAUAUUCUUAGAAUAGUUAAGUCAUAGACAUCCAUGAAUGUCCCUUUGUACUGUAUGCUGAUGAACUUGAGGCCAAGCCACUUUCAUCGUAACUUUGCAUAUAUUUAAAUUUUAGAUUAGAGUUUAACCUGCUGUAUCAAGCGCUUUUAAGUGAGUGCCUCUUUCUUUACUGACUGUUGAUGUGUUCUUACAUGUGAGCCAAAUUAAGUUGUAAAGACAACCUUGCUGAUGACACCACAUGGGUGAAAAGGAGAUUUUGUAUAAAUACAUCAGUCCCUUUUUAUCUGAUAAUCUGACUGUGACAUCACUCCCAUUCAUGAGUAUGACUCCACCAGCAGCAGCCGUGAGGCUCAGUGAAAGACUUUGGACCAGGUAUAAAGAUAGUUUGGUCCAAAAGAUGCAAAAUCUGACUUCCAAUUGUGCUAAAAAUCACUCUUUCGGAGAUUUCUCAUUUGUCUAUUCUGUACAAAAACCGAAAUGGAAAAACAAAAAGUUGUAUUUUUGUUAUUUCUUAAGCCUAUUUUACUGAAACCGGUAAAUUUAUUUUCCAAUUUCUAUGCAAACGUUGAGUGUCUUCAGUUUAUAAUUACUUGAUAGGAACAUAUGAUUGAUGUGCCAUAUGAUGGUACUUUUUUACCUACUACUACUCUCACCAUAAAAAUAAAGUACAAAACUUAUAUUUCUCCAAAUGUUGAGCCACAUCAAAUAAAUACAAUGCUCUCAGUUGUAAGCAUAGCAUGUUUGCAUAUGAGAAAUUGGCUGUUUGGAGAGAAACAAAGUAUUUGCGAAGGAUUCAAUUGCUGGAAUUGUUGAAAGCACAGAUGUGCAGAGGCCCACCUGACAUAAACCUUCAUGAGUAAUUCAGUCACAUCAUCACAUAGCCUACUCUCUGGACUAUCUUUACACUUCUAUCACUUUCUUAAGUUUAGUUGUUUACUUGUAAAAGCUGUUUGAACCCAGACUUAAUGCUCUAAGCAAAUGAAAUGUAAAUGAGACUGAUUCUAUUUUUUGAUUAUGUUUAAAAUCAGUCCAAGAAGAGGCGUAAUCUUUAUACCCUGAAGCUCGGCUCUUUAUAGUCAACUGUCAGUGUUGCUUUUUUUUUUUUUUUUUAAAUCAAUUUGUUCCAUAAAGGAAAAUCUUAAAUGGCAAACAGUGAGGAUACAAACUCUUUAAACUUACCAUUUAUCUCAACUAAAUUGAUUGUGUAACUUUGAUCUAAAAAGUUUACUGUAUCAGCUCAAACACUCAGGUCUACUGAAGUUUCCUAUCAGAUCACCAAAUGUCUUAGUGCAACGCAGUAUGUUGUGAACACAUUAACGUCUUAAUCUCUCCUGGGGCAGAAUGUACAAUGGACACACUGUGAUUUCCCAUAGCCCUUCAUGUGAGGAGCUUUUCUUUUUCCCAUUAUAUAAUGCUGUUAUGGAAUGCUUUGGUAGGUCAAUGUAGGAGUUGCAGGAAAAGCUUUGUUGUGUUAUUCCUUCCCUCUACAGACUGAGUGAGCCAUGUGCCUUAAUAUGCUACAAAUCUGGACGACACUGGUGUCUAGAUUAUUGCAGUAUCAGCAAUGACCGUAAUACAAUGACUGUGCCAUUACAAGUGUUUUUCUCUCUUCUGUAAAUCAGAUAACAUAGAAUGACAAAGUUGCAAUAAAGUUUACAUUUUCUUACUUAACUCAUCAAGUUUGCAUUUG